AGGACUGGUGGGGAGAGGGACAAGUGCAAAUACAAAUGCAGGAGGAGUAGUAUGCAAGGAGGUGAGCGAGAGGAAUGGGGAUGGGAGGGUGAGCGAGGUUGGAGAGGUUUUGCGGUGAUUGAUGUGCGAGGAAGGAUGGGUUUGGUGUGGGCUCGUCCAGUCGUGCCCUACAGUCCACCCGGGCUAUCGCAGUACGCGACUGGGGGUCUCUGGUCCAUGUGGUUUUUAUGCUUGAGACUCGCGUCUUAUGACUGGGAAGGCCGUAUAGGGCUUGUCGAGACAUGGGGAAAGGCAAGAAAGGAUGAGUGCGGUUAUGUGCCCUUGUCGAUAAUGAACAGGGCCAGUUUGGACUUCAGAUUAUGUUCGGCGGAUACAGAGGGCAGCUUAUCCCCGUCUUUCUACGGCUCCUUCUGCCUCCAAUAACCCAAACCGCCCCCUUCAUACCAUCCUUUCGUGCUGCCCAUCUUCCUCCUCGCAACCGCAUCGUAUCGGCUCCUUGGAGCUUCAAACUUCUUCGUCACAUUUAUAGUGCCCCCAGAGCGCUAUUCCGCUUUUUCCCAUGUCGGACAAAGAGGAGCUUACCCCGGUUGAUGUUGGGUUGUAUAGUCAUUUAUCUUUAUUUGUGCUCACGUCUGAUUCUUUCCCUUCUCUUUGCUCUUUUCGGUUUUUCAUUUCAUUUUAUUGUACCUGUCUGUAUCUAUCAAUGGACGCUGCUUCGUGACAUUCUUCUGUUCAUUCGUUGUCAUUUCGUUCCAUGUUCAUUUUGUUUUAUUCGCCGUCUCAUCUAACCUCGUUUGGGUUUCUGGAUUGAGAGACAGGAAGGAAAUAGCGGAACCCGAAUGUACUCUUUGAUAAACUAUGACACCUCCAUCAGAAGUGGCGGUAGCGCCCAGCAUAGUUUCGUUGGGCAGCCGUUGAGAUCAGUACAUUUGUGUUUGUGGGUAAUGACCGUCCACAGGCUUGACUCGUCCACGACGUUUUCUCACCACUCGUAUUUGCGAGCUGAUGAAGCGCUUGGAUCGAUACCGAGAGUCCACAGGAGUAGCGCAGGCUGAGGAACGACGAACAAAAAUCUGAUCAGCCUGGG